AUGCGUGGUGCAAUUGUCUUCAGCGGCUCCUCCCACCCGACCUUGGUCGAUGGCAUCUGCGACCGUCUGGGCAUGAAGCGGGGCACCGCGCAGCUUAGCAAGUUUGCGAAUGGCGAGACCUCAGUGCACAUCCACACCUCGGUGCGAGACAAGGAUGUCUUCAUCGUGCAGAGCGGGAGCCCCAAGAUCAAUGAUGCGGUUAUGGAGCUGCUGAUUAUGGUUUCGGCCUGCAAAGGCGGUUCUGCAAAAUCUAUUACUGCUGUCAUGCCCUACUUCCCCUACGCCCGCCAGUCGAAGAAGAAGUCGCACCGCGGCGCCAUUACCGCCCGCAUGGUUGCGAACCUACUCAACAUCGCUGGCGUGAACCACGUCAUAACCAUUGACCUCCACGCGUCGCAGAUGCAGGGCUUCUUCAAGUGUCCUGUCGACAACCUCAUCGCCGAGCCGCUUCUUGCCCGCUGGAUCCGUGUCAACGUGCCGAAUUGGAGAGAUGCCGUGGUGGUCAGCAAGAACCCGGGAGGCACCAAGCGUGUCACAUCGCUGGCCGACGCACUGAAGCUCAGCUUCGGCAUAGUCACAACGGACAGGCGGCGAGCUGCUACGUCGGUGCCUUGGAACGAGAGCGCCAUGUUUGAGCAAUUGCGCUUGGAUGGCACAUACGAGACGCCGGAGCUCAUUGCUGCCGCUUUGGACGCAGAUGCACAGAUAAUACCUGCUCCUAGUCAGUCCCACAACUCGGCGGCAGACGCGGGCAAGCCGAAGCUGCGGUCGCGGGCCCCGUCAAAUCCACUAGAGCGCCGAGUGAACGGGACUGCCAACCUACAGAGCCCGCUAUCGAAGUCUAUGCGAGCAGCCUCUAUCGUCAGCACAAAGGAGGAGGAGAACCUUCCUAAACCAGACGAGAAGUCGGAGCAGCCAUUGACGGAAGAGAACAGCGACGAAGUAGAGGCAGACGAAUACACUGACGAGCGCGCGCGAGACGUUACCCACGGCCGGCUUGUGCGGGGACACAUCGUGGAAGAUACUCACCCUUCACCAUCCAUGUCCGCAGUAUCGCACAACUCGUGGCGGCAACGCGCCCCAUCCGACGGCGAUGACGCAGAUGUCCCUCCGCACAUGAUGUCGUCGUUCAUGUCCACGGCGUCACACUCUGAGCAUGCUCAUGCGCAUGCCUUGGGAGGCACAAUGGAUGCGGCUGCGUCUUCUGAAGACGAAGAGGAGGAUCUUAGGAACCCUGAUCUCGAGACCAUGGUCACCCUGGUUGGAAACGUGAAAGACCGACCCGUCUUCAUCGUAGACGAUAUGCUCGAUAAGUCAGCAUCGUGGAUCGCGGCUGCAGAAACGGUGGUCAAGCGCGGCGGUGCUACCAAGGUAUACUGCAUGGCCACGCACGGCAUCUUCGGCGGCGACGCCCUCGAAGAGCUGGUGGCGUGCGAGUGUAUCACUAAAAUCGUCGUGACCAACGCGUUCCCCAUCCCGGCUGAGCAGCAGGCUCAGGCCCGCGACAAGCUCGUCAUCCUCCCUGUGGAUAACCUGCUCGCUGAAGCGAUCCGCCGCAACCACCACGGCGAGAGCAUCUCGCAACUCUUCAUGCAUUACGACUAA